UGUCUAUGAUGGUCAAAGUAGAGGUAAUCUGUAAUCCCAGAUAUCCAAACCGGCACAUAAGGCAUAUGAGCGAAAAUCUAUAACUCUCCACUCAGCCAUAUCCCACCCAUCUAUCUUCUUCAGACUCUCACACACAAAACCCAACAAGAUCUCCAAAACCCAUUCCCAAAAAAUAAAAUAUAGAUUACAGAAUCAGAACCAUGGAGAUUUCGUCUGUAACACUCUCCUUCUCGAUGUCCCCACUUGCUCUCCCCUUUUCUUCUUCUCAUUCCACCUUGUUUCACGGGGCCGCUCUGUUGAAUGCGACCAACAAGUCUCGCAAUAAUGCUCUGGUUCUUGGUAAAACCAGAAGCAGAACUCAGAAAACCAGAAAGGGUCUCACUUGCAAUGCUUUGUUUGGUCUCGGAGUGCCUGAGUUGGUUGUGAUUGCUGGAGUGGUUGCUUUGGUUUUUGGGCCCAAGAAGCUGCCUGAAGUGGGGAAGAGUAUUGGGAAGACUGUCAAGAGCUUCCAACAGGCUGCAAAAGAGUUUGAAUCUGAGCUUAAGAAGGAGCCUGAUUCAGUAUCAGAAAGCCCAGGAGAAAAACCUACAGCAGUCGGUGAAGAGAAGAAACAAGAUGUUGAAAUCUCAAGCUCAAAGGAGAGUGUAUGAGUCUGUAGAAAUAUGAGGUUGAUACAAUUUUCCCAACUUUCUUAUUCAAUGCCCAUGUGUUUAUAUCAA